AUGUCUAUUCCGCAACGUACCGCUCCGGCUUUGGAGGAUCUUAGAGAAUUUUACAUCGGUAAAUAUGCGCAAAGUGUCCCUAAGCCUGCAGCGGUUUUGGACGCUGCCAAGAUUAGAAGGCAUUGCCAGUCGAUGCUAGAUGCCGUGGAUGCGCUGGGAGUGUCGUUCCGAGCUCAUCUAAAAACUCACAAGACUAGGGAAGUCGCUCGUCUCCAGGCUGGAGAAGAGUGCCAGCAUGUCAAUUUCAUUGUCUCUACUGUGGCAGAGAUCGACUUCAUGCUGCCUGUUUUUGAAGAAUAUAAGCAGGCAGGCCGCAGUGUCAACAUACUCUAUGGAGUUCCACUCCUUGGAUCCCAAGUCGAUCGAUUAGCCACUUUGAGCAAACAACUCGGGAGGGAAGGUCUUACAGUCAUGGUUGACCACCCUUCACAGCUUGACUCCGUCAAGCGUCUGCAUGGACUUACCGGAUUUCCUGUGGGCGUCUUCUUGAAGGUGGACACUGGCUAUCAUCGCGCAGGUUUGCCGGCAGCGGCACUCAACAAAGAAGGGCUACUAGAACAGCUCAUCCAAUUCGACGCAGAAAACCGAGCAACCUUUGUGGGAAUGUAUUCUCACAGUAGUCUGAGCUACAAAGAUACAACGGCUGAUCAGGCGAUGCACAACCUGGCUGCCGAGAUCGAGGGAUGCCUGGAAGCCCUUCACGCCAAUGCAGAUAUUCUCCAGAGCAAGGGCCCAAGAGAGAUUGUCAUCAGUGUCGGCGCGACCCCACAAGUCACAGCCAUUGAGAACCUGAUGGGAGACGCUGCUGGCGGGCCGGGCGAAAAGCGUCUUCGUGAAGCAAUUGCCAAAGUCGAGGGUGGCUUGCAAGACGGAUUGGGAUCGAAGCUCGAGCUCCAUGCUGGCGUCUACUCCGUUCUCGACAUGCAGCAGAUGUCUACUCGCUCGAGGACAGCCCUCGGCAGCUAUGAGGACGAGGUGGCUAUCACUGUGCUAGCAGAGGUUUGUAGUGUUUACAACGACGGCGAGCGAGAGAAUCCUGAGGUUUUGAUUGCUGUUGGAACGUUGGGUUUGGGAAGGGAGCCUUGUCCUUCAUACAGCGGCUGGGGUGUUACCGGCCCUCACCCGUUUCCUGAGUCUGAGAAAGGUCGGAGACUUAUUGUGGAGAGGAUUAGUCAGGAACACUCCAUCCUCUCAUGGGACUGUGGCUCAGAGAAGAAAGUUGAUCUGCCGCCAAUCCCAUUGGAAGUUGGGCAGACGAUUAGCAUUUAUCCUAACCAUGCGUGUGUCACGGGCGCUCUGUACGGUUGGUAUCUGGUGGUGGACUCAAGCAGGCCCAAGAAGACGGAGAUUGUGGAUGUUUGGGUUCGGGGAUCUGGAUGGUAA